AUGCGCCAAUGCGUUUUACUGGAAUUCGAAAUCGAUUGGGUUUUGGAGCGUGUAACUGGCCUAUACAAUGACUUGUGGGGGCCAACCGAUGUAUCAGAGUGGAAAGACUUGGUUUGCAUUAGUGCGGUCGAACCCUUGAUCGUGGCGUGUGGCUACAACGGGCCUCUAACCGACUGCGCCACACCCGCCCUAUUAUUAUUAUUAUUAUUAUUAUUAUUAUUAUUAUUAUUAUUAUUAUUAUUAUUAUUAUUAUUAUUAUUAUUAUUAUUAUUAUUACCAUUAUUACUAGUAUUAUUAUUAUCAUUAUUGCUAUUAUUAAUGAACUAUUAA